AUGGCAUCGCUGGUGGCAGCGGCAGCCGAGAGGCCCGGUUGCACGCGCAGCCCAGCCACGGGCGGAGGCGGAGCAAUGGGAGGAUGGCCGCGUCUCGGCAAGGCGCCGGCGCCGGCGCCGGCGCCGCGCUUGCUCCUCCUGGCGCUGGCGCUCUGCUGCCUCCUCGCGCAGCCGCAGCCGUCGCGCGCCUUCUUCUUCGGCGUGCGCACCAGCGCGCACGUUCCCCAGCGCGGCGGCGGACGCGAGGAGAAGGUGCCCAUGACCGUCGUCGUCCCGGACUACUCGCCGCGUCCCGCGCCGCUCGGCCCCGCGCCCGCGCCGGUGCCGGUGUCCGGCUGGGACGGCAGCGGCGGCGACGACGAAGACGGCACGCCGAGGCUGCCGUCCGAGCGGCGGAGCACGGGCGCGCCCUCGUCUAUCCACCACAGCGCGAGCGCGCAGGCUCCGGGCGGGGCCACCAGCGCCGACUUCAUCAGCAGCAGCCCCGCCGUGCCGCUCCCGGCCGGCGUCACGGACUCCGCCACCGUCCUGUCCAUGCCCACACCAGGACAGCAACUCCGGGACGACGUGGGGAUGGGCACCCUGCAACUUCAGGUUAGGGCGGUGCAGCUCGCCGUCCCUCUUCUCAUGAUGCUGUCUUUUUGGGGCUAG